AUGAAGGCGACAGCUGCUAUACUGCUAUUGUGUGCCUUAGCUAGCACCACUGUGUACAGCCUGCCUCUACGCUACCAGGGCGUGCUCUCUGAUCGUGCUAAGGCGAUGGCUGACCAGCGGCUGAGCAACGUCAUACAACGAGCUGCCAAGAACCUUCUCAAUAAGAUGGAGAGCAGACCUGCCAUCUCCCCAGCCCCCACUCCAGGCAUUGGAUUAAAGCUGCAUCUCAGGCCAGCGCAACAGCCUCAAGACUAUUACAAACUCCCUGUAUUAGCAAGACCAGCACCCCCUCCAGCACUACCGAGUGUCCACAUCCACCCGAUCAAACCUGUUCAACCAGUUCAACCAGUGCCAGAGAUUCCAGGAAUUCAUUUAUACCCUCCACAAAGACAGCCGCUGACUCCUGGUACCCCCCACCUACACAUACAUCCCAGUUCGCCCAAUCAGAGAGUGGCGAUCAAGCCACCACCUUCAAUACCCUCAGGACAGCCUCUCUCCAGGAGCCCAGUGCUACACGUUCACCCACCCACCCACUCAGUCAACGGCAAGGGUGGAAGUGAUAAAGAUAAGAAAGAGAAUGACGUGCAACUGAAGCUGAACAUGGAUUUCAAGUCCCACAACAGGACGGGUUUUCAGGAGCUACAGAGACAAAUGAAUAAAGCUCAGCUGCAAAGUAACCAAAUGGUUCGAGGGAAUGGAUACCAAACAAGCAGAGAAAUGAAAGAGCUUGGCAACCUUAUCACAGAGCGGAUCAUGCAGAGAGUGAAAGAACUAAUGCUCAAUAUUUAG